AUGAGUGAUGACAGUAAUGAUGCCGCGCCUCCUCGUUACUUUCUGGAGCUUAUGGAGCUGAUUAAGUCCAACGAUCAGAAAGCGAGUGAGAGAAUAGCUUUUAUGGAGAAGUCUAAUGCUGCUAUGGAGGAACGUAUAGUGCAGUUGACUCGAGCAGUAAAUGGAAGUAAUGGUAAGAACACUGAAAAUCCCAUCGCUGUUAAUGGGGGAGACCUGUCAGAGGCGAGCAAUGGUGGACGUGGCGCUGAAGGCACUCCCAAAGAAACGCCCCCACCUCCACCACCCUUUAACUCGACUCCCAUACUGGUGGAUAAUGAUACUGAGUAUGUUACCAAGGAGCAACUUGAGAAGAUUUUCCAGAAAAAGAAUGUCGCCAGCUCUGAGUUUGACUUGAAGCUCCCUUACUCUAAAAGGGUGGCAAUGAAACCAUACCCUAAGGACUAUGUUAGUCCAAAGUUCAAGCAGUUUGAUGGGAAGUCUGGGGAUGCCAAGGAGCAUGUCAUGAAGUUUGUGGAGACAUUGGGAGUUGCUGGUUUGGAUGAUGAUUUGAAAUUGAAGGAAUUUUCUAAGUCUUUGACAGGGAAGGCUUACACCUGGUAUGUGAAUCUCACCCCAGGGUCUGUUGAGUCUUGGAGCCACAUGUGCACCCUCUUUGGGGAGAAAUUCUUGUCCACACAGGAGAGAGUAACGUUGAUUGACUUAGGGAGAGAACAUCAAAGGCGUGGAGAGGACCUCAUGGACUACAUCCAGCGUUUUAGGGAGAGAGUGUUGGAUAUUCAUGAGCAACAUGAUGAGAAGGAGCUGGUGAAAGUGUGUCUCCAAGGGAUGUUUGAUGAAUAUAGGGUUCACCUAGAGAAUUUGAGCUUGCAUACGUUUGCUGUGUUAGUAGAAGCUGCAAGAAGGACCAACAAUACGGUGACGAGACAAAGGGAGGCGCAACAGAGGUAUAGAAAGAAUUCCUCAACAGUGCAUGCGGUUCAGUAUGGAGAUAGGAAGGAACGGAAGCGUCCCAAGAGGGACUUCCAAGGUGGAGACAAUCGCAGAGAUGACGCACCACCUUUCCCUGUGCCUGUGGAUCAAGUGCGUGCUCUCCUGCAACAAUGGAUAGCAGAUGGGCAAGUUAAUCUGCCCUUUGUGCCACAAAUGCCAAUCGCUCAAGAAAAAGCAGAUCUGAAGUACUGGGAGUCAGAAACAACCCUCUACCUGUACAUGGGGGGUGAUGUUGCUGCAGUCAUACACUCAGUCCAUGAUGAGCCGCACACCGAAGAGGAGGAUGAUACGCGUGUCGCCGUUUAUGUGACUACAACCAUAGCAACUUCAUUGCUAAAGACUCCGAAUGUGAGAAAUUUCUUUGAUCAGCUGGGAUUCUCUGAGGAUACAAGGAAGGAGGCAGCUGAGGCGCUGGUUCAUAUAGCUGAUAAGUACCAUGGUGAGGGUGGUCUGGUAGACUCAAGUAUGAAAAGGAUGAGUCGUGCUUAUAGAAAUACCAUUGUAUUUACUGAGGCAGAUAUGUGCACACCAAACCCCAAUCAUAACAAACCUCUCUACAUGGAGAGUAUUAUCAAUGGUGUGAAGGUGAGGAGAACUUUUGUUGACGAUGGGUCAGGAGUGAAUCUCAUGCCUCUUUCUACGAUGUAUGCCCUUGAAAUUGAUAUCAAAAGCCUACGCCACCCCAUGACACUUAACUCCUUCAGUAACCAGGAGGUUCGCACCUUGGGGUAUACUACAGUUAAUUUCAAGCUCGGUAAUAUUCAGGAGCAGGUUAUUUUCCAUGUGAUUGAUGCGGAUGUGGCAUAUCACGUUUUGUUGGGAAGGAAAUGGUUAAACAAUCACUACUUGAUUGGUUCCAACAUGCAUCAGUGCAUUAAGGGGUUCUGGCAGGGCAAGGAGGUCUUCAUUCCAGCUACCAAGGCUCCCUUUGAGAAAUAUGAGGUGAGAUAUGCUGAGGCUGCUUUUUUUGAUGAAGUAGCAGAGGAAGGUGAGGGAGUACUCUCUAGACCUAUGGGGCUAAGGCUACCACGUUGGGAGGAGUAUGCCGAAGAGGGCAAGGCAGGUGGUGAGCCUAGCUUCAAGCGUACUAGGAGAGGAGGAAGAAGGAAGCGUGGACGUACAGGGGGAAGUGAGAUGGUUAAGCAGACUAAGGGUGUGACUUCUCGCACCAGGAUAGAGUCUCCUGAGGGAGACGUAACUUGUAUGCAAGUAGAGACGGAAGCAGUAGUUGGAGAAUUGGCUCCUGCCCCGGAGACGUUCCAAGAUAAGCCUAAGCCACAAGGGGAUGAGUUAGAGGAGAUAAAAUUGGCCAUGGAAGGGGUACAAGAGUAUGAAGAUGUGUUUGCCUGGUCCUAUGAACAAAUGCCUGGUUUAGAUGACAACUUGGUUACUCAUGAGCUAUAUAUCUCCCCCAGUAGCAAACCAGUAAAGCAGUCUGCGAGGGUUUUUAGGCCUGAGAUUGAACUUCAAAUCAAAGGGGAAAUAGAUAAGUUGCUUCGUGUGGGUUUUAUUAAGCCUAUCCACCAUCCUACUUGGCUUGCAAAUGUGGUGCCAGUAAAGAAGAAGAAUGGGUCAAUCAGGGUGUGUGUGGACUUUAGGGACUUGAAUAGAGCAUGUCCUAAGGAUGAUUUCCCACUCCCCAACAUAGAUACACUUGUAGAUGCUACAGUAGGUCAUGAGAUGUUCUCAUUUAUGGAUGGUUUUAGUGGGUACAACCAAAUCAAGAUGUGUAAGGAGGAUGCGGAGAAGACUGCCUUUAGAACACCCAUUGGAAACUUUUAUUAUACUGUGAUGCCGUUUGGGUUGAAGAAUGCAGGUGCGACCUACCAACGAGCAAUGACAGCUAUAUUCCAUGAUAUGAUGCAUGUGUGUAUUGAGGAUUAUGUGGAUGACAUAGUUGUGAAGUCUAAGAGGGUGUCUGAUCAUUUUAGUGACUUGAGGAGGGUCUUUGAAAGGUGCAGAAAGUAUAAGUUACGCAUGAACCCUUUGAAAUGUGCAUUUGGAGUGACAUCGGGGAAGUUCUUAGGAUUCAUGGUGCACAGGAAGGGCAUUGAUGUUGAUCCAGCAAAAGUUGCAGCUAUUAGAGAGCUGGCACCCCCUGUUAAUCAGAAGCAGUUGAAGAGCUUGAUGGGUAAGCUGUCGUAUAUAAGGAGGUUCAUUCCAGCCUUAGGAGAUAUUGUAGCUCCCUUUCAAAGCCUUCUCAAGAAAGGUGUUCCUUUUAUCUGGGGUGAGCCACAGCAGAAGUCUCUCGAAAGAGUUAAGGAAGUGUUAGCUUCCCCACUCACCAUGACGCCACCAAUAAAAGGUCAGCCUAUGAUGCUUUAUUUAACAUCAACUAAUGAGUCUAUAGGUGGUCUACUUGUACAGGAAGUGGAAGGAGUGGAACGACCUGUAUAUUAUCUGAGCAGGUGUCUCCACGGGAGUGAACUCAACUACUCACCCAUAGAGAAGCACUGCCUCUCCUUGGUCUUUGCCACCCAGAAGCUACGACACUACCUCCUGGCUCAUAAGGUGACUGUGGUGACUAAGUCAGACCCAAUCAGAUAUAUCCUCUCCAGGCCAAUCCUAGCUGGAAGAGCUGCAAAGUGGUUACUCUUGUUGGGGCAAUUUGAUUUAUCUGUGGCGCAACCCAAAGCGAUCAAGUCUCAAGCACUAUCUGACCUAUUGGCAUAUUUUCCUACACAAGCUGAGGAGGUGGUCACACUAGACUCCAUGCCAGGAGACAUUGAUGGGGAGGUGUGUUGUAACCAGCCUCUAAUGGGAGAAUGGACCUUGUACUUUGAUGGUUCAGCUACUGCUACUGGAGGGGGUGCUGGAGUUGUUUUAGUCUCACCUGAGGCGGAGCGUGCAUAUGAGGAAGUGGUAUCCAUGGCCUUCAAAUUGGACUUCCAAUGCACUAAUAAUCAGGCAGAGUAUGAGGCGUUGGUUUUAGGGUUAAAUACAGCCAAAAUUAUUGGAGUGACUGAGUUGUGCAUCAUUGGAGACUCCAACCUUGUGGUGAAGCAAACUAAUGGUGAAUUUGCGCUGAAGGAGCCCACACUUGCCCCUUACCGAGAGCUUACUCGUGUGAUGUUAGACCACUUUCAAUCAGUUAGGUGUGAGCAUAGCCCAAGGUCCUCUAACAGGUACGCAGAUGCUCUUGCUACUUUGGCAUCGAAGAUACACAUACCUGGACAGAAGGGGGAGAUAUCAUUACUAGUGCAGAGAUGGUCGGUGCCUGGUCCACUUGCUGGAAUGACAGAGUAUUAUCUUGGGGAAGUGUCAAAAGGUACAGACUGGCGUACUCCUAUUAUUGAGCAGCUGAGAGAGCGCAAGUCCAGCAAUCUCCGUUUCUUCAAAAAUUACGCCAUGAUACAAGAGGCGCUCUAUUACAGAGGGCCUAAUGGGAUACUAGCUAGGUGUAUCUCACCUGAGGAAGCAAAGGAGAGACUACGUGCGUCGCAUAAGCAGUGGUGUGGCAUGGAGGGACCUCCAUUGUAUCGUAGAAUACAGAGAGCUGGUUAUUAUUGGCCGACUAUGAGUAGUGAUUGUGCAAACGCCCAGUAUGCCUGCCCUAGGUGUUCAGAACCCCCAGAUGUUAAUGAUUGUCACUUUGUGGGUAGUGUUGGAGACUGGCGUAGACCGUACAUAGAGUAUUUAAAAAAUGGAGUGCUGCCCACUAACCACCAGGAUGCAAGGAACUUAAAGAGAAAGGUGCAGAGGUUUUUCAUGAAGGGGAAUGAGUUAUUCAGAACGUCAUUUGUUGGGACUCCCCUGAAGUGUGUCUCACCUGCUGAUGUUACACCUUUAUUGGAGGAAACGCAUGGGGGCACUAGUGGGGCACAUGAAGGAGGCUUGAAGUUAUACAAGAAACUUAUUGACCUUGGAUACUACUGGCCCACAAUGGAGGCGGAUGCCACAAGCCAUGUGAGGAAGUGUCAUCUAUGUCAGGGGCACAUAUGGAUUCUUGCUGCGACGGAGUGUUUUACCAAGUGGGUAGAGGCAGUGCCUUUGAAGAAAGCAACAGGACCAGCAGUAGCCAGCUUCAUUAAGGAGAAUGUGGUUUGUAGGUUUGGGAUUCCUAGACGUAUCAUUUCCGAUAAUGGCACUCCCUUUGUGAAUAAAGAUGUGAGAAAGUUAUUAGCUUUAUACGAUAUUGACCAUGUCAAAUCCACCCGCUACUAUCCACAAGGCAAUGGGCAAGCAGAGGCCACCAACAAGACGUUAUUGAGGGUAUUGAGCAAGAUGGUUCAUAAGGAUCCUAAGUUGUGGCCCGAUGCAUUGCCGGUAGCAUUAUGGGCAUAUAGAACAUCCAAGAGGAGUCCUACCAACGCUACUCCAUUUUCAUUGGUGUAUGGAACUGAGGCUGUGGUGCCAUCUGAAUUGCUUGUGCCUUCUGCCAGACUUGCUAUCGAUGCCGGGCUUACCCAUGAUGAGAUGAGGGGAGUAGAGUUGGAAGCACUAGAGGGGAGGAGAGAUAAGGCUAAGAAGAACUUCCAGGUAUACCAGAGGCGCAUAAGCAGGGCAUAUGACAAGAUGCUUCGAAGGAGAAGCUUUGAGCCGGGUGAUCAGGUGCUUCGCGCUGCUGACCACGUGAUGAGAGGUGCUCCUCCACCGCACAAGUUCAAUGAGAAGUGGGAGGGUCCUUAUAUAGUUCAUGAAGUGCACAAUAGUGGUUACUGCACAUUGCUUAACCCCCAAAACAACAAUGCUCUCACUACUCCCAUCAACUUCCACUACAUCAAAAAAUAUCAUGUAUGA